AUGCGAUUCACUUAUAUUUAUGCUGGUGUUGAAGGGAGUGCUCAUGAUACUAGAGUUUUUCAGCAUGCUGUGUUGUCCCCUGAUUCUUCAUUUCCAAUGCCGCCUGCAGGUAAAUACUAUCUUGUUGACUCGGCUUACAAGAAUAUGCCUGGUUUUUUGGCCCCGCAUAAAGGCCACAGAUACCAACGAGACCAGUUUGGCGGGGAAUCUGGUGGACCAAGAGGCAAGUAUGAGCUUUUCAAUCACCGUCACUCGCAACUCCGCAAUGUCAUUGAGCGGACCUUCGGCGUGCUAAAGGCUAGAUUCUCAAUCUUGAAAGGGCCAAUGCCGAACUACUUGAUGAAUAGACAAGUAGAAUUGGUAAUUGCCUGUUGUGUAUUACAUAACUUUAUCAGGGAUGAGCAUCCGCAUGAUGAGUUGUUUGCAAGGGAGUCCGGGGAAGAUGAAGAAGAUUAUGCCGAUCCGGGUGCACAACCCCAGCAAAUUGACUUAUCUGCUGCGGCACAGCGCAAUUGGAAUAGUUUCCGGAUGGCCAUAACCGAUCACAUGUUCGACCACCGGAAUGGGAGACAUGUUCCACACUAG